UCUUAAUUUACCGCAAUGACUGGGAAGAAGAAUAAAAAAGCACUCAAAACGGGGAAUAAGGCAACUAAUGCUCCCAAGAAACCCGAAAAACUGAGUCUGGCCGAUUUCCAUAAUCAGCUAGAUAAACAAGUUACACAAAAGAAUGGCGAAAAGAUGAACACGAAUAAAUGGAAAAGUUCUGGAAUUAUCGGUGGAACUCGUGGACGUGGAGUUUGUUGUGAAAAGCUUCAAGUAGUUCCCAAAUAUUUGGGGGAUACAACAGUUCAGAAUGCAAUUAAAUCAAAUGGUGAUGUUCCCAAAACCACGAGUAACCCGGCAGAAACAAGGAAAACUAAAGGAAAAUUGGAGGAUCGGAAGCCCAAUGGUCUUCAUAAAAACCCAGAUAAACCAAAUAGAGCUGGAAAACCCAGAGAUGGCGAAAUAACUUUACUGAGAAGAGCAAAUCCCCAGGAUGCUUCUCGAGGUCGCCCCACGACGCAAGUACGAUCCUGUCCCCGAAUUGCCACGCCUCCAAGAUAUGUGCCCCAGGAACUAAAGGAAGUGGAUCUCAUGACAUCUGCGGAUUUUCGCUAUGAUUACGGCGCAGAUCUGAAGAACAUGCGAUUCCGGCAGCAGGGGCAAUAUCACAUGCAAUUCUUCAAAACUGUUAUGCAUCAGAACAGGAACCUCUUUAAGGGUCGCGUAAUCCUGGUUCUAUCCUGCGGAACUGGGACCCUGGCCCUAAUGUCAGCCCAAUUGGGAGCCAGAAGGGUCUAUGCCGUGGAUUAUUCUAAGGUCACCGGCUAUGCUGAGUUGGUGGUGCGCCAUAAUUGCCAGGAAAACGUCAUAAAGGUUUUACAUGGACACAUGAAGGAUUUACAAUUACCGGAGAAAGUCGAUGGCAUAGUAUGCACCUGGAUGGGUCAUUGCUUGCUCUUCGAAUCGGAGAUAUUGGAGGUGCUCGAAGCCAGAGAUCGCUGGCUAAAAAAGGGCGGAUUUAUCCUACCCGAUAUGGGUUCGCUAUAUAUCGUUGCAUCCGAGGAACACAACCUGAAGAACGAUCGCUGCAACUGGUGGCGGGACAUCUACGGAUUUAAUAUGAAUGCCAUGCGUCGAUAUUCCCUGGCUGAACCUCGUUAUGCCAAAACAAGCGGAGAAAAAAUUCUCACCCUGGCUCAUGGGAUUUUAAGCCUAGAUUUGAAUAAAGCCAAGAAAGAAGAUCUCUUUAUAGACCGAAAAAUAAGAUUAAAGGUCAAGAAAGAGGGUUUUCUCGAGUGCUUUCUCCUCUUUUUCGAAGUGCAGUUCAGUAGUUCACAAUUCAAGAUGAGCUGCAAUCCCUGCUGUAAGACACCCUACAAAUCGCUUUGGUUGCAAACCGUACUUUUUGUAGAGCAGCCGUUUGUUUUGCGCAGUAAUCUUCAUUACACGGGUAACCUGAAAUUCAAGCCCCUGAAACCGAAUAACUUAAAGGAAAUGGAAAUUCGUAUUGACUUCUACGAGGGUCUGGAGUACGAUGACGAUUGGGAAUUGUGUAUUCGCCGGGUGGCCAAGAGAUGGCUCAUGCUGGAGCGCUUUCAGACCUUUAGUGAGGUGGAGAGCUGUCAGGAUGAGCUGGGGGAGGCUGAUGGACAGAACUUUUAG